ACAAUGGAGAUACUCAUUUUUGAGUACUUAAUUGGCCUUCACGUCUACACAUCACUCAUUUAUAAUUUUUUAAUAAUAGUAUCUAAUAAGUACUCGAUACUUCUAACCCAACAUCUUUUAAAAAAUUCACACUACUAAUAACACAUCUCACCAAUAACUAUAUAUCAUUAUAAUCAUUAUAAUGAGUAUGGUUCCAAUAGUACAUUAAUAAGUAUCCUAAUAAGUACACCGUCGGAGAUGGUGUUAGUUAUAAUUUUGUAAUCAAGGUUUUUCACAAAGCCACCAUAGUCGAUCAACCUUCAUCAUUUUCUCUCUGUCAGAUUGCGAUCACCGGAGUCCAUGAGUACGCCACCGCUUCCUCUCUUCUCCGGAACCACUCGCCUCUGCAAAGGCCUUGCUGUGGUGCUUCUUUCUGUUCACGUUCUCAUCAACUUUUUCCCUUCAGCUCUUAACUACCUCGCCCUUAUUCCCGCCUGGACAAUCCCUUUUGCUUGGAAUCUUAUUACGGCUGGUUAUGUUGAACAAUCUGUAUAUGGGGUAGUGGUCAGCACACUCAGUCUCCUGUUUAUUGGGAAGCUGCUUGAACCAGUAUGGGGUUCUAGGGAAUUCAUCAAGUUCAUAUUUGUCGUUAAUUUUCUGACUUCAGUGUGUGUAUUCAUCACUGCUAUUGCAUUGUACUACAUUACAAGGCAGGAGAAUUACCUUUACAUGCCACUUUCUGGAUUUCAUGGAGUUAUAUUUGGUUUCUUGGUUGGCAUCAAGCAAAUUAUACCCGAUCAAGAGCUUCCUUUCCUCAAGAUUAAAGCAAAGUGGCUGCCAUCUAUGACAUUGUUACUUUCAUUUGCUGUUUGCUUCUGGACAAUAGAGGCUACGACAUAUCUUCCAACCAUUGUAUCUGGCGCAUAUAUCAGCUGGAUCUACCUUAGAUACUGGCAGAUGAAACCAGAAACAAAACUUAGGGGUGACCCUAGUGAGGAUUUUGCUUUCUCUACAUUUUUCCCAGAAUUUUUAAGGCCUGUUAUAGACCCUAUUGCAUCAAUAUUUCAUCGAUUGUUCUGUGGAAGGUCUGAUACUUCUGAUGAUGGUCAAGAUUACACUCUGGGAAGUGAACCAUUACCGGGUUCUGACUCAAUCGAGGCAUCUAGGAGACGAGAAAGAGGUGCUCGAGCACUGGAAGAAAGAUUGGCUGCGGAGAGGCUUGCUGCUGCUGCACGUACUGCUGAGGAAAAUGUAUGAUUCCUUAGCUUUUGUAAAUUUGGAUCAAUUUAGUUCAGUCAAUAUGAAACUAUUAAGAUUGAAAUUUUCUGCGAACGUACAGUAUUUCAGAAUUUUCUUUUCUAGGGUAAGAAAGAUUUUGAUGUGUAUUUUGACUUGGACUUCGAUGAUGCUUAGGAAACAAUAGCCUUCUCUUUCUUUUGUUGGAAAAAUAUAAUUGACUUGCUGAUGUAAUUACCCAAAUACAUAGAAUCCAAAGAAUUGCUGUCCCCAUAUGAAGACUUUAUGUCAUGCAACUUUCUGGAUGAAAGAUUGGACUUUUUUUUGUCAA